AUGACAGAUGGCUCUAGCUUCUUCAAACCUGCUGCUAUCUCAGGGCACGACCCCCCAAAAUUUAUCAAUCCACUGCUCCCACGCAAGGUCGAGACCACCCUUCAACAAACUCUAGCAACCAGGUUGAUAUGGUUAUUCCAAAUGAAACUAAGUCUGGGAUUUACUAAUCACUACAUUGUCAAUGCUAAUGGCUUCUCAGGAGGUCUUUGGCUUUUGUGGAAUUGCAACAAUCUCUUAACUGUGGUUUACGCUCACCCCUGCCCUGGAAUUAGGAAGUUUAUUUGGACCUAUUUGGACGGUGUUUCUGAUGUUGCUAAACUGCCUUGGCUUGUGGCUGGGGAUUUCAAUGAGAUUAUUGUUGACUCUAAGAAAAAGGGAGGCAUACCCACUCGUAGUCAAACUAGUUUUGCUGAUUGGACUAGUAGGAACCAUUUAAUGGAUCUUGGAUUCUCUGGAGCUGAGUUUACUUGGUGCAAGAAAAAUAUUCAUGGUGAAACUAUUUGGGAAAGACUGGACAGAGGUCUUUGUAGCAUUGAUUGGAGACAAACAUUCCUUGGAGCAUAUGUUAGACAUUUACCUAGAACAAAGUCUAACCAUUAUCCUCUGCUGAUAUCCAUGAACUCUGCUUAG